AUGAUGUGGGGAAACCAGACCUUCAACUCCGUUUUCAUCUUGCUGGGAAUUUUUGACUACAGCCCCACACACACCUUCCUCUUCUGUUUGGUCCAGGGCAUCUUCGUAGUGGCCUUCAUGGGAAAUAUUGCCAUGGUUCUCCUCAUCUACCUGGACAUGCAGCUCCACACCCCCAUGUACUUCCUCCUCAGCCAACUGUCCCUCAUGGACCUCAUGCUCAUCUGCACCACUGUACCCAAGAUGGCUUUCAACUACUUGUCUGGCAGGAAGUCCAUCUCGCUGGCUGGUUGUGGAACACAGAUAUUCUUCUAUGUGUCCCUUCUUGGAGCUGAAUGUUUCUUGUUGGCUGUCAUGGCUUAUGAUCGCUAUGUGGCUAUAUGUCACCCUCUUCGGUAUGCCAUUCUCAUGAAUCCAAAACACUGUGCCUUCAUGACUGUUGCUUCCUGGACUUUGGGUUUUCUUGAUGGCAUCAUUGUGCUUGCAGCUGCCUUGUCAUUCUCUUACUGCAGAUCUCUGGAAAUUCAUCACUUUUUUUGUGAUGUAUCUGCCCUUUUACCUCUGUCCUGCACAGACACAUCUGCAUUUGAAAGACUACUUUUCAUCUGUUGUGUGGUGAUGCUAAUUUUCCCAGUCUCAGUUAUCAUCAUUUCCUAUGCCCAUGUUCUUCAAGCUGUCAUCUAUAUGGGCUCUGGGAAAAGUCGCCGCAAAGCGUUCACCACAUGCUCCUCCCACCUGUCUGUUGUUGUACUCUACUAUGGUGCUGCCAUGUUCAUGUACAUGAGACCAGCCUCUAACCAUACACCAGAUGAGGACAAGUUUGUGUCAGCCUUCUACACCAUUCUCACCCCCAUGCUGAACCCUCUCAUCUACAGUCUCCGCAACAAGGAGGUAUCCAGAGCACUUGUGAAACUGUUAAAGAAAGGAAAGUUAAUUUAA